UCAUUUUUUCCUCCAUCAGGGGAGAAGGGCAGAAUACCCUCCCCCUCGGCGAGAUUUACAAAUCCGGGCAGAGACAGCUACAGGCAUGAACAUACUUCAUGGUUUCCAGCAUGACUGGCACCUUCCCAGCAGUGCCUUCACAUGCGAUUACAAACAGAUGGAGGAAGAGACAAGCACUUCUGAGACUACACUUUGGAGCAGAGCCUGAGUAGAAAACAUGGCUGUGAUGUUUGCGCACGGUAUGGAUAACAACAAUGCUCCUUUUGCUCUCCCUACAUCAUUGCUCCUGCUGCAGAACUUCAGCUACCCCAAAACCUCGAUCCCUCCUGCUAGCCAUGAGACGACAGAGUCAGGCAAAGAGGCCAGGUCAAACAGGAACCAUACUGUCUUGCAGUAUGAUCUGAGGCCAGAGGAAAUCAUAGCAGCCAGCAUGAUUUUUGGAGUAUUGUGGCUGUUUUCCAUCUUUGGAAACUCCCUUGUUUGCUUAGUGAUCCACAGGAGCAGGAGGACACAGUCAACCACCAACUACUUUGUUGUCUCCAUGGCUUGUGCAGACCUUCUCAUCAGUGUGGCAAGCACCCCCUUCGUGCUGCUCCAGUUUACAUCAGGCAAGUGGACGCUGGGGAAUAUGAUGUGCAAGCUGGUAAGGUACAUACAAUAUCUCACCCCUGGAGUCCAGAUAUACGUGCUCCUCUCCAUAUGUGUGGAUCGAUUCUACACUAUUGUCUACCCCUUGAGCUUCAAAGUGUCAAGGGAGAAAGCCAAGAAAAUGAUUGUAGCAUCUUGGAUUUUUGAUGCUGUGUUUGCAUUGCCUGCUUUCUUUUUCUAUGGCUCCAACUGGGAUGACCAUUGCAACUUUUUUCUCCCAAAUUCUUGGGAGGGAGCCAUCUACAGUAUCAUCCACCUCCUUGUGGUGUUUUUGAUCCCAUCUAUUCUCAUUAUCCUAUUCUACCAGAAAGUCAUCAAGUACAUUUGGAGAAUAGGCACUGAUGGCAGGACUGUCAGGAGGACAAUGAAUAUUGUUCCAAGGACAAAAGUGAAGACCAUCAAGAUGUUCCUAAUGUUAAAUUUAUUGUUUCUUCUGUCCUGGCUCCCUUUUUAUGUGGUACAGCUGUGGCACCCACAUGAAAAAGACUACAGAAAGAGUUCCUUGGUUUUCAUGGCUAUCACAUGGAUCUCUUUUAGCUCUUCAGCCUCUAAGCCAACCCUAUACGCAGUGUAUAAUGCAAACUUCAGAAGAGGGAUGAAAGAAACUUUUUGCAUGUCCUCCAUGAAAUGCUACAGAAGCAACGCAUACACCAUCACCACCAGUUCAAGGAUAGCCAAAAAAAAUUACGUUGGGAUCUCAGAAAUCCCAGCGCCGGCCAAAACUGUAACCAAAGACUCAAUCUAUGAUUCAUUUGACAGAGAAGCAAAGGAAAAAAAGCUUGCCUGGCCUAUUCAUUCAAACCCACCAAACACAUUUGUCUAAUUGAUUUAAUUGCUUUGAAAAAUGAUUAUGCACCACCAGAACAAAGAGCUUUAUCUCCUUUCUGAAGAAAUGUAUAUUUACGUAUUUUUAAUACAACUUUCAGGGAGGAAAAAAAGAUGUUUUAUUUUAUUAAAUGUUUUGAUUUUAAUGUAUCCAGUCUAUCUAAUUUUACUUACACUCUGCUUUUCGGAAAUACCAUCCCUAAAUCAUGAGCAUAUUUUUUUAUGAAAAAGGAAGCUCUUACAAUAUCUGUAUGUAGUAAAAAAAAGAAAGAGAAAACACUGCUUUUUUAAUCACUGUACUUUGGCCACUCUAUAUAAAUGCAUAAA